AUGUAUAGCAAAGCUUGUAAGCUACUGAAUCUUGAGAAAAACCCUCGAAUCAUUGCUGAUGUUGUGGAUGAGUAUAGUGCUGAGGGUUUUGCUGUUAGUGUUAGGAUGUUUAAGGUGCUCUUGAAUUUGUGUAAAGAGGCUCGGUGUGCGGAGAUGGGAUUGUGGGUUUUAGGGAAAAUGAAGGAGCUUGGGUGUAUGCCUGAUACGGUGUCGUAUAAUGUUGUCAUUAGGCUUCUUGUUGCUAAAGGUCGAUUAGAUGAGUCGGUGAAAUUGUUGAAAGAAAUGCCUUUAUGUGUGAUGGGAAAUUCGCGGAUCCAUCAAUGUGAUCUGACUCCUGAUAUGGUUACCUAUGGUUCUGUGAUUAAGGGUCUUUGUGACGCUGGAGAUUUGGAGGCUGCUCUUGCAUUGGUUAAGGUUAUGAAGGGGCACAGAUGUGUGCCGAAUUCUGUGAUCUAUUCGACCAUACUCGAUGGAAUUUGUAUGCACGGGAGUUUGAAGCUGGCCUUGGAGUUCUUAGAUGGAAUGGAGAAAGUGGAAGAGAAAGAGAAGGACAAGGGUAGGCCGAAUGUGGUGACUUAUACCACCAUGAUAAAGGGCUUUGUCGAAAAAGGAAUGGCUAGUGAGGCGCGGAGCAUCUUGGAUCGGAUGUAUGAUUCAGAGCUGAAACCAAAUAGGGUGACAUUUGUUACUCUGAUUGAUGGACUUAUCAAAGAAGGGAAAGUAGAGGAGGCUCGUAAGGUGGUUGAUACGUUUGGAGGAAAUGGAGUUCGGACGGAUGAGCUUUAUAACGUGCUUGUGCUGUCUCUGUUCCGAGCAGGGAGGCAUAAGGAGUCGGAGGAGAUGUUUAGGACGAUGCUGGCUCGUGGGCUGAAGCCUAGUGGUUUGACAGCAAGUAGCAUCAUAAGAGGAAUUGUUUUGGAAGGGAGGGUGCUUGAUGGAUACUUCUUGUUUCAAGAAAUCGAAAAGCUGGGAUCUUUGGUGUCGAUCGAUCCUGAUGUUUACUCGAGCCUUCUGGCUUGCCUUUGUCAAGAGAAUCAUCUUGCAGAAGCUGGGAGCCUGGUUAACAUCAUGGUGGAUAGAAGCAAGGACGGACCUAGGCAUGGGCCAAGCCACCGCUCUAGCGGGGGCUUGGCCGGUGCCGGUGCUGGUCCAGUACUACCACCAUAG